AACGCCUUAGAGUAGGCAACACGGGCACUGGUGAAAAAAUGGCGCUGAGCAUGUCGGCUGUGCUGAGAGGUUUUCUAACAAAUAAGCAAAUUGUCGGACGCAGCGUAGGAACGACCAGCUGCUGCGCUCGCCUAACCCAAAAUUCUGCUCGAGGAUUUGCGACACAAAAGCACAACAGCCCUGGCACCGUACCACCAGCGCCGAAGCGGCCUCCUUCUGGCUUUAUUCUCUUCGCGACAGACGCCAGGAAGGCUGUACUCAAGGAAAACCCAGCCCUUACGCCUACUGAAGUUAUUAAAAUGGUCGCAGGAAAAUGGAAAGCAGCUGAUGAUGUGACAAAAAGUAAAUAUGCUGCUAUAUCUCGGGAACGCUUUGAGCAUUAUGAGAAAGAGAAAGCAGCCUACACUUCUCAACUGACUGAGCAGCAAAAGGAAGCUCUUGAAGAAGUCAGACUGGACAAGAAGUUAAGGCUCACCAAAAGGAGGUUGAAUGAUAAGCUGAAAGAAUUGGAUAGACCCAAAGGAGUCCGGUCAGCUUAUGUGUUGUUCUCUACAGAAAUGAGAAAAAAGAUGCAGGAGAAACCUGCAAAGAGUGCAGUUGUCAGCAGUAUUUCUUCAUGGUUCCUAGGGAAGCUGCCUAGUAAAAGUGAGGUUCCAUCCCCACAGGAUAUCAUGACUCAACUUGGUGCCAUGUGGAAGCAGCUGUCUGAAGAGAAAAAACAGCCAUAUCUGCACAAAGCUGAUGAGGACAAACUCCGAUAUGAACGGGAGAUGAAGGCCUGGUCACAGCGGCUGGCAAAGGAAGGACAAAGUGAUGUGCUAAAUGACCUCAGAGAGGACAUUCGCGAAAUUCGAAAGAGCAAGCAGGGCUCUGUCCGCAAAAAUGUCACAUAGGAGUGUAGUGAAAAAAGCAUGGCAAAAUAUUUUUUGCUUAUUAUUUCUCCUCUGCUUGUGUUUACUGAUGGACAUUUGUUCUUGAAUAACUAUUGGACACUGCAAGCUUUCAUGCUGUUUUGUGGUGUCUGCUCAGCUUACAUACAUGAGCCAGAAAUUUCAUUUUUCAUGAUAAUUUCAGAGACCAUUAUCAUUGGAUCUUUCUUUUCCGGCAAAGCAUAUUUCAGCACUAUAUAAAUGUGAGAGGGCUGCUGUGUAUAUAUGCUUUUGUUCUGCAAUGUAGGUAUAUAUUGCUGUUAAAGAAAAAGUGUAAAAGUUGUAUCUUCAGAAAACAGUGCAUUUUGUGGGAGAAGUCAAAAUAUUGCAAAGUUUUUCAUACUACCAAGUUUCAUUGUUGUGGCUGGAUAAAUUUAGUUCUUAUUGACUAAGUGAUGGUCUGAUAGCAGUAUCUAUCAUAUGAUUCACUUUUAGCCUUGUGCAUAACUUUUAGUGCUAGAAGAUGGGCAUAUUGUGUUCGUGCAGUUUGGGAUAUCCCUUUGUGUGUCUCCUGUAUUGUGCUGCAAGUACAUAAGGGCUGUUAAAUUUCAUAAUAGCUGUUUUUGACUGCAUUUUGUUUGUUAUCAUGUUUGGAAUUGCUUAAAAAUUAAUGAUUCUGAGCAACUGUACAAAAAUAAUAAAGGACUAGUUGCAUUAAACAUUGA